AGUUCAUGCUAACCUAAAGUUAUUUAGUCCACGGCGUUUGAAAAAUGGUUCAUCCAGACUAUUCAAAUUCAAAGCUUUGUAGUUCGAAGUUCGAACUAGCGUGGUGAGUAGCUUGGACUUAGUUCCACCGGUAGAUGAUGGCCAGAUAUGUCAAAUUCUUCAAGAUUUCGUGAAUAAUCGGAUAUAACUAAGGAUCCGAGUGGAUUGAUGGGUGCUUCACAUAGCUUCGACAUACUAGGCGGGUUCACUGUGCCAUUUGAUGGAUUGUGCGAAAUAACUCCAUUACGAAAAGCUUUGGGGAUCAAAAUCUUCUCAAUGGAUGGGGCGGCGCCGAUGUAUAAAUUUUAGCCUAGAGCUCGUAUAUGGUAUACACAUAGGUGUCGACUUUUGAAAUUUUGAAACUAGCUCCGGAAAUAAGUUUAAGAAAACUUGAAAUGAAGCUAAUGAGUAUGAACCAUAUGGAGACCAAGUGGUCGAUGGUCUUGGAGAGCUUAACUAGCAUGAAGUACAUCUGCCGGUGGACGGGAAAUUGGAUACUAGUCAGCCCAUUCGACAAGUCAUCAUGAAGCACGGGACGGUUUUUGAACUGGAGGGUGAUGUUAGUAUUUCCCGCCAAAUCAAACACCGAUGUCUUCAAGUUUCUAGCUUGUAUAUUUUGCUUCUCUACUAGACAAAUUCAUGAUCAGGGUCCCAGAAUUUGAACACUUGACUCAGUAGUUAGUAUUGUACGGGCAUCUUUAGGGAACUUUGGACCUUAUUAAGUAAGUCACUUCGAUCUCCCAAGUACGUUAACCCUUUCUCCCAAAGUUUAUUCUUUUUUUUCAUCUCUCGAGACCGUCAAGCAUAACAUCACAUUACAUUAUAUCACAUCGUAUUAUAUCAUAUCAUAUUUACACAUUCAAAUUUUUCGAAAAUACUUCAUUCUGAUUCAAGCACCAUGCCCCUUUUUUUCCGAAUCCCCAAAAUCGACCCUUCCGAGGAUACAGCAGAAGGAGAGAAACUAACCUGGGUUUGGAAAGAAAUCGAAGACCAAACUACCUCUCAGAUCGAAGCUCUAGAGUCACAACUUCAGAAUAGGAGAAUCGCUCAACAACUCGAGAAAUGCAGAUUACUCCUCGAAGAAAUCGAUCUUCGAGUCGAAAUUCUCAAGAUUGAGAGCAAGAGAAUGAAGGAGCUGUUGGAAAAGAUGAAGGAUGCAAGGGAAAAGGCACCCAGCCUCCUAGAAUCUAUCCAUGAGGAAAUUGACGAGGAUACUCGCGACCCUGCUCCUUCUUCCUUCUCUUCCUUCUCAUCCGCCUCUUCUGCCGGAGACAGCUCCACUACCUCGGACUCAUUCGCUGCCUCCUCUUCCUCUUCCUCCGAUUCUUCUUCCGAAGACGGCUCCACUAUCUCAGACUCAUCUGCACCCCGCUCCCCUCCCAUGAAGCCUGAAAUACCAUUAGAAAAUCUGAGUCUAGACGAGCAAUUGGAGGCAUUGAUUGAAGAAGGAAGGGAGCUUGAUAGAUCCCAACGUGAAUCGGGGAUCUGGAAUUAAAAACGAAAAGAAGAUAAAGUGCAGAGAGAGUAAGUGAUCCGUGCUAUUGAACUAUUAAACAUUGCCUUGCUAACAUAUUUGAAGGAACAGAUGAAGAUAUUUGGUGAGAGCGCUCUGUUUGGAGGGGAGGAUCAGUCUAGUCGAUGGGUGGUUUGGCGUAUGUGGUUUGGGUAUGUGGUUUGGGUAUGUGGUUUGAGACAUGGUUUCGGUAUAUGGUUCGGAUAUGUGGCUUGGGUAUAUGAUUCGAAUAUGUGGUUCGGGUAUGGUUAA